AUGAUGGACUGGACCGACGUGCAUUUCCGGCAGCUCUGCCGCCUCAUGACGAAGCGCACGACGCUCUGGACGGAGAUGGUCGUCGACAGCACGAUCGUCUACACGGACGGAAAGCCCCUCGCCUGCGUCGCCAGUGGCAACGGGGAGGGGUUCGACGGUAUGACGGAGCUCGACAGGCACCUCUGGUUCCCCCCCGAGCAGCGCCCGCUCGUCCUGCAGGUCGGCGGGUCCGAGCCGGAGCAGCUCCGGAAGGCCGCGGCCAUCGCGGCGCGGUAUGAGUAUGAUGAGAUAAACAUCAACUGUGGGUGCCCGUCGGACCGCGUGGCGGGGAAGGGGCGCUUCGGCGUGUGCCUCAUGUUCAGCCCCGAGGACGUGGCGGACUGCGUCAAGGCGCUCGAGGAGGGGCAGACACGGCCGGUCACGGUCAAGUGCCGCAUCGGCGUCGACGACAACGACACGUACGACGAAAUGAAGCACUUCGUGGCGACGGUGUCCUCGCGGACCAACUGCCGGCACUUCAUCGUGCACGCGCGCAAGGCCUGGCUCCAGGGCCUCAACCCGCACCUCAACCGCACGAUCCCGCCCCUCAAGCACGAGUGGGUGUUCGCUCUCAUGCGGGACUUCCCCCACAUCGAAUUCUCACUCAAUGGGGGCGUCGGGGGGUGCCACGAGGCCCGCGACGCCCUCGCGUACCGCGCGCCCGGGGUCGACCGCGGCUUGAACGGCGUGAUGAUCGGCCGCGCGGCGUACAACUACCCGUGGCACUGCCUGGCCGACGCCGACCGCGCCGUGUACGGCGAGGCGGACAACCCCGCGCCGAACCGCCGGUGGCUCCUGCGCGAGUACGCCAAGUACGGCGACGAAAUGAUCGGCCGCUUCGGCACCGACCGCAAAGGUGACAAGAAGCCUGAUGCGCGCAUGAUCCUGAAGCACACGCUCAACGUGUUCCACGCCGAGCGCGGGGCGCGCGAGUGGCGCCGCCGCCUCGAGGACCUGUUCCACAAGCCCGGGCUGUCGUGCACGGACAUUGUCGAGGAGGCCAUGGCGUGUAUGUCGGACGAGGUUCUAGACUCCCCCCCGCCCCAGAACUACGUCGAGCUCGAGCGCAAGGGGUACGUGCCCGUCGCGGGCGCCAAGCCCGGGACCGACGUGGACGUGCAGCUCCCGGAGGACGGCAGCGAGCGUGCAGCGCCCCCGCGCAUUGGCAAGCGACUCGCGACGGAGGAGGAGGCUGCGCGGCUGCGCAGAGCGCCGACGCCGGCGCCGGCGCAGCAGACCGUGGGGUCGUCGUCGUGA